AUGCCUUUCACCGGAAGCGAUAUCUGCAAGAUCAUCCUUGCCAUCUUCCUGCCACCUCUGGGUGUCUUCUUCGAGCGCGGCUGCGGUGCCGACCUGCUCAUCAACAUCCUGCUCACCAUCCUGGGUUACAUCCCCGGUAUCAUCCACGCCCUCACGUCGGCCAAGGCAAAUCAAACUCUCUUACUCCAGAGAGUGGACGACCUUACACUGCCAUGUGCCCCACGAGCAGCAGUUGGCUUCCGGCCGUCACCAGCCGCUCUUAAUGACCCGCCAUCCAACAACACCGCCACCAUCUUCACCAAACUCUACGACUAA